AAUUAAAUGCAAUUUUCUACAUGACAUCAACGUACAAAAAAAGCCAGAGUUCGGAACUGCUGAAUCACGUAUUCUGUAUGUAAAUAAGAGAAGCCGGUUGAAUUUGGUCAGUACAGUCGAGAAAAAGAGUUGUAUUCGGAGCAGGUGAAGAUCAUCGAUGAUCGAGCAAAUUUUAAGCAUCAGAACUUCAUAGUGUUCAUGGCUGCCGCCGCUAUUUCUGAGGGAGUUGUAGAAAUGCAGGAACAAGUUCCUACACCAUCCAUUGACCCGAAUGAUGGAAAUAACAACAGUGAUUGCAGCUGGAUUGGAAACUUGGCUCGAUGGAGACCAACAUCUGCCAACCUUCUACAAAAAGCAGAAGAGAAGAUUUUAUCAUGUAUAAAAGCAAAAUAUGAGAGCAAGUUCGUGUCCAUCAAUGAUGAAGACACAGUGCGGACACUUAAAUUUCAUCCCAGUGACCAAGGAGCUACCGACAAAACACCCAUUGUGCUUGUUCAUGGCUUUGGCAGCGGGGUGGCUCUGUGGGCUCUCAACUUCGAGGAGUUAUCUCGACACCGCCCCCUCUACGCCUUCGAUCUCUUGGGCUUCGGCCGGAGCUCACGGCCGGUGAUACCACGGGAACCCGAGCAGGCUGAGGAGGCAUUUGUAGAGUCCAUCGAGGCCUGGCGGAGCCAAGUCGGCAUCCAGGAAAUGAUUCUGGUCGGCCACAGCUUUGGAGGGUACCUGACCUACUCCUACAGCAUCAGGCACCCGGACCGGGUCAAGCACCUGGUGCUAGCGGACCCCUGGGGCUUCCCCGAGAAGCCACCACCGGAAGAACUUCAGUUCCCACUGUGGGUCCGGGCGAUUGGAGCUGUGGCCAUGAGAUUCAAUCCACUCUCCAGCAUACGAGCUGCUGGUCCCCUGGGCCCACGGCUGAUUAGACGAGUUCGUGGCGAUUUGAACAAAAAAUUCAAAUCGCUUUUUGAAGACGACCGAAUCAGCAACUACAUCUACCAUUGCAAUGCACAACAUCCCAGUGGCGAGAUGGCCUUCAAGUCCAUGGCCGACAUGAUAGGCUGGGCAGUCAAUCCCAUGGUGCCGCGGGCAGAUCAGCUGUCCAGGCAAGUACCCAUCACCAUGAUCUACGGCGAGCACUCUUGGAUGGAUAGUGAUGCGGGCAACGACUUGAAGUUCCGGCGGCCGGGCUCUUAUGUCAGGCUUCAUCUUCUAAAAGGAGCUGGACAUCACGUCUAUGCCGACAGAUCGGAACUUUUCAACCAGAUCAUCAACCAGGUUGGCGAAGAAGUUGACUGAUGGCCGCUUGGCUACCGAUGGGCCUCUGGAGAUGUGAUAGUUCUAAGCAGAUCAGUUAGCUGUACAGCAUAAUGCUAAGCGUUUGCCUCGGAGAACCAUCAACUCUUCAGUUUACAUCUUGUGUAUCUUAUCCUGCAGCUGAUCGUGCAUUCAAUGUUGAUGCACAGUGCAGCACAAACAACCCAUGGAAGCCUCGGGAAUUACCUCAUUUGCAAUUGCACAAACACAGUUUCUACUCAAG